AUGGAUUUCUAUAACGUGUCGGUCUUGUAUGAUCACACCUCCCUGGUUGCAGUGAACUCAUCUGAUUCUUCAACAGGUAAGCAUUUAUCAUGGUUUAAAAUACUUUUACAGUAGGCUAUUCAGUAUAGCAAUUAAACAACCAGAACGUAUAAUCGUGCAAUGGUCACUGGAGGAAAUUUUUAAAAUGAUUAAUAGCCUACAAUGUCACAAUGAUUUCACAUUAUCUUAUUGCGGCACACAUAGGCUAUAGUGUAGACUACAGUCGUCAUGUUUUUGUUUUCAUUCGUUUUUCCUUGAAGACGUUAAAUGAUUGGUUUCCUUCACUGCUCCAUCUAACACUUGUUAUUCAGAGGGAAAUGAAAAUCUACCCAGUAGCUUCCUGAAGGCACAGCUAGUGCCAACCUUUUCCUUUUUGAGUGACAUGUUUUUCGUGGGAAUGGCUUAUACUGUACCUUCAUCUCAAAAUAUCCAUCUCCUGUGAACUUUUAGUCACCAUACACAUACAGUAGCAGCUAUGUUAUUGGGUUUUUGUCAAAUAUACUGUAUAUAUCACAUAUCAAGGGCACUGAAAUAUCUUCACAGGUUUGGAGUAUGGAUAGCCUUAGUCUACUAUACUGUAUAUCAUACUUUACUUACUUUAUUUAUCCUCUGCUGCUCAUAAAUUAUAGUCUGGAUGAUACCAAACUCGAAGUCCUGACUUCAGAGUCUGGAAAGGCUGUUUUAAUGUUGUCGGCAAGAUGCGUUGAUAAUGAAGGGGGCUGUUUUCAAAACAGUUAGAGAUCUCAAUGAGCAGCCUGAUCCCCAAGUUUACAUGAAUCUGGUAUAUACAGUGCCUUCAGAAAGUAUUCAGACCCCUUGAACUUUUCAACAGCGUUGUCUUGGCUGUGUGCUUAGGGUCGUUGUCCUGUUGAAAGGUGAACCUUCGCCCCAGUCUGAGGUCCUGAGCGCUUUGGAGCAGUUUUUCAUCAAGGAUCUUUCUGUACUUUGCUCCUUUCAUCUUUCCCUCGAUCCUGACUAGUCUCUCAUCAAGGAUCUCUUUGUUCAUCGUUGUCCCGAUUGUGACUAGUCUACCAGGCCCUGCUGCUGAUAUCCCUGCAGCAUGAUGCUGCCACCACCAUGCUUCACUGUAGGGAUAGUGCAAGAUUUCCUCCAGACGUGACGCUUGGCAUUAAGGCCAAAGAGUUAAAUCUUGGUUUCAUCAAACCAGAGAAUCUUGUUUCUCAUGGUCUGAGAGAGUUUAGGUGCCUUUUGGCAAACUCCAAGCGGGCUGUCAUGUGCCUUUUACUGAGGAUUGGCUUCCGUCUGGCCACUCUACCAUAAAGGCCUGAUUGGUGGAGUGCUGCAGAGAUGGUUGUUCUUCUGGAAGGUUCUCCCAUCUCCACAGAGGAAUUCUAGAGCUCUGUCAGAGUGACCAUCGGGUUCUUGGUCACCUCCCUGACCAAGGCCCUUCUCCCCCGAUUGCUCAGAUUGGCUGGGCGGCCAGCUCUAGAAAGAGUGUUGGUGGUUCCAAACUUCUUCCAUUUAAGAAUGAUGGAGGCCACUGUGUUCUUGGGGACCUUCAAUGCUGCAGAAAUGUUUUGGUACCCUUCCCCAGAUCUGUACCUCGACACAAUCCUGUCUCGGAGCUCUAUGGACAAUUCCUUCGACCUCAUGGCUUGGUUUUUGCUCUGACGUGCACUGUCAACUGUGGGACCUUAUAUAGACAGGUGUGUGCCUUUCCAAAUCAUAUCCAAUCAAUUGAAUUUACCACAGGUGGAGUCCAAUCAAGUUGUAGAAACAUCUCAAGGUUGAUCAAUGGAAACAGGAUGCACCUGAGCUCAAUUUCGAGUCUCAUAGCAAAGGGUCUGAAUACUUUUUGUAUUUUUUUUAACAUAUUGCCAAAAUUUCUAAAAACCUGUUUUCACUUUGUCAUUAUGGGGUAUUGUGUGUAGAUUUUAGAAUAAGACUGGAACGUAACAUAAUGUGGAAAAAGUCAAGGGGUCUGAAUACUUUCCAGAAGAACAAUACCUUCAGAAAGUAUUCACACCACUUAACUUUUUCCACAUUUUGUUGUGUUACAAAGUGGGAUUAAAAUGGAUUUAAUUGUAAUUUUUUCGUCAACAACCUACACAAAACACUGUGUAAUGUCAAAGCUGAAGAAAAAUAAAACACUAAUAUAUAUUGAUUACAUAAGUAUUCAAACACCUGAGUCAAUACAUGUUAGAAUCACCUUUGGCAGCAAUUACAGCUGUGAGUCUUUCUGGGUAAGUCUCUAAGAACUUUCCACACCUGGAUUGUGCAACAUUUGCUCAUUAUUCUUUUCAAAAUUCUUCAACCUCUGUCAAAUGGGUUGUUGAUCAUUGCUAGACAACCAUUUUCAGGUCUUGCCAUAGAUUUUCAAGCAGAUUUAAGUCAAAACUGUAACUCAGCCCCUCAGGAACAUUCACUGUCUUCUUGGUAAGCAACUCCAGUGUAGUUUUGGCCUUGUGUUUUAGGUUAUUGUCCUGCUAAAAGGUGAAUUCAUCUCCCAGUGUCUGGUGGAAAGCAAACUGAACCAGGUUUUCCUCUAGGAUUUUGCCUGUUCUUAGGUCCAUUCCAUUAAUUUUUUAUCCUGAAAAACUCCCCAGUCCUUAACGAUUACAAGCAUACCCAUACGAUGAUGCAGCCACCACAAUGCUUGAGAAUAUGGAGAGUGGUACUCAGUAAUAUGUUGUAUUGGAUUUGCCCCAAACAUAACACUUUGUAUUCAAGACAAGCCACAUUUCUUGCAGUAUUACUUUAGUGACUUGUUGCAAACAGGAUGCAUGUUUUGGACAGGCUUCUUUCUUUUCAGUCUGUCAAUUAGGUUAGUAUUGUGGAGUAACUACAAUGUUGUUGAUCCAUCCUCAGUUUUCUCCUAUCACAGCCAUUAACCUCUGUGAAAUCCCUGAGCGGUUUCCUUCCUCUCUGGCAACUGAGUUAGGAAGAACGCCUGUAUCUUUGUAGUGACUGUGUGUAUUGAUACACCAUCCAAAGUGUAAUUAAUAACUUCACCAUGCUCAAAGGGAUAUUCAAUGUCUUUUUUCCCCCAUCUGCCAAUAGGCACCCUUUUUUUUGCGAGGCAUUGGAUAACCUCCCUGGUCUUUGUGGUUGAAUCUGUGAUUAAUAUUCACUGCUUGACUGAGGGACCUUACAGAUAGAUAUUGUAUGUGUGGGGUAUGGAGAUGAGGUAGUCAUUCAAAAAUCGUGUUAAACACUAUUAUUGCCCACAGGGUGAGUCCAUGCAAUGUAUUAUGUGACUUGUUAAGCAUAUUUUUACUCCUGAAAUUAUUUAGGCUAGCCAUAACAAAGGGGUUGAAUACUUAUUGACUCAAGACAUUUCAGGUUUUCAUUUUUAAUUAAUUAGUAAACAUUUCUAAAAACAUAAUUCCACUUUGACAUCAUGGGGUAUUGUGUGUUGGCCAGUGACAACAAAUCUCAAUGUAUUCCAUUUUAAAUUCAGGAUGUAACACAACAACGUUUGGAAAAAGUCAAGGGUGGUGAAUACUUUCUGAAGGCACCGUAUGAGACUAGGUCUCAACCCCUCAAGGGAAAAAAUUACAUUUGAGAGAACCAAUCAAUGCGUCCUCCUGUCCAGACCAGUGAGUCACAGUUCUUCCCGGCUCUGUACACUCUUAGAAUUAGUAAUGACUUGAGGAACCCUGGAGAUCCUCAAGGAACCUCUGGAGUUCCUCAAGGAACCAUUGCUAGUCAAUGGUUCAUAUUUGCACCUUUGGUUAGUUGUGUUUUUGGAGGAACCUUUAAUGGUUCAAUGUAGCAUCGGGUUCCUGGAGGAACCCUGGAGUGGAGGCGUGGCUUAGUAGGGGUGUGGCUUUAAGUUCGAUUUUUUUUGGGCCACCCCAUUAUAGUAAAUGUAAUUCCUGUUCAUCUGUUCUGUUGUAUUGUCAUCACCCAUUAAGGUUGAACACUGAUCAUUUUGUAGUUUUAAUGAGGCUGACAGAGGUGUAUGAGUUGCUCAAGAGCCUAUGCAAAUCCCGAAGUUGGAAUAGUUAUUUUAUUAAUAUUAUAAUUGAAUAGGUAUACUGAACAAAAAUAUAAAUGCAACACGCAACAAUUUCAAAGAUUUUACUGAGUUACAGUUCAUAUAAGGAAAUCUGUAAACUGAAAUAAAUAAAUUAGGCCCUAAUCUAUGGAUUUCACAUGACUGGGAAGGGGUGCAGCCAUGGGUGGGCCUGGGAGGGCAUAGGCCCACCCACUGGGGAGCCAGGCCCAGCCAAUCAGAAGUAUUUCUGUCUGUAAUAAAGCCCUUUUGUGGGGAAAAGGCCCAGCUAAUCAGAAUGAGUUUUUCCCCACAAAAGGGCUUUAUUACAGACAGAAAUACUCCUCAGCAUCUGUGUAAUGAUCAUGCUGUUUAAUCAGCUUCUUGAUAUGCCACACCUGUCAGGUGGAUGGAUUAUCUUUGGGAAGGAGAAAUGCUCACUAACAGGGAUGUAAACAAAUUUGUGCACAGCAUUUGUAAUAAGUAUGUGGACACCCCUUCAAAUUAGUGGAUUAGUCUAUUUCAGCCACACCCGUUGCUGACAGAUGUAUAAAAUCGAGCACACAGCCAUGCAAUCUCCAUAGACACACAUUGACAGUAGAAUGGCCCAUACUUAAGAGCUCAGUGACUUUCAACGCAGCACUGUCAUAGGAUGCCACUGUUCCAACAAGUCAGUUUGUCAAAUUUCUGCCCUGCUAGAGCUGCCCCGGUCAACUGUAAGUGCUGUUAUUGUGAAGUGGAAACAUCUAGGAGCAACAACGGCUCAGCCGCGAAGUGAUAGGCCACACAAGCUCACAGAACGGGACCGCUGAGUACUGAAGCACGUAGCGUGUAAAAAUCGUCUGUCCUCGGUUGCAGCACACACUACUGAGUUCCAAACUGCCUUUGGAAACAAUGUCAGCACAAGAACUGUUCAUCGGGAUCUUCAUGAAUGGGUUUCCAUGGCAGAGGAGCCGCACACAAGCCUAAGAUCACCAUGCGCAAUGCCAAGCGUCGGCUGGAGUGGUGUAAAGCUUGCUGCCAUUGGACUCUGGAGCAAUGGGAAUGUGUUCUCUGGAGUGAUGAAUCACGCUUCACCAUCUGGCAGUCCGACGGAGGAAUCUGCAUAGUGCCAACUGUAAGGUUUGGUGGAAUAAUGGUCUGGGGCUGUUUUUCAUGGUUCGGGCUAGGCUCCUUAGUUUCAGUGAAGGGAAAUGUUAACGCUCCAGCAUACAAUUCCAUUCUAGAUGACUCUGUGCUUCCAAAUUUGUGGCAACAGUUUGGGGAAGCCCUUUCCUGUUUCAGCAUGACAAUGCCCCCGUGCACAAAGCGAGGUCCAUACAGAAAUGGUUUGUCGAGAUCGUUGUGAAAGAACUUGACUGGCCUGCACAGAGCCCUGACCUCAACCCCAUCUAACACCUUUGGGAUGAAUUGGAACGCCGACUGCGAGCCAGGCCUAAUCGCCCAACAUUUGUGCCCGACCUCACUAAUGCUCUUGUGGCUAAAUGGAAGCAAGUCCCUGCAUCAAUGUUCCAACAUCUAGUGGAAAGCCUUCCCACAUCCAUAUUAAUGCCCUUGAUUUUGGAAUGAGAUGUUCGUCAAGCAUACUUUUGCCCAUGUGGUGUAUAUCUUCUCAAAGAAACUACCGGUAGAUUGAAACUUGGCAUCAUAUUUUUGUCAUGCUGCCUUGUUGACAACUCUAACCACCCCGAGCCUUCAGUCAAUCAGCAGCCACACAGGACCUAUCACAUUUUAGGAACACAGGGGUUCCUCGAAGACCCUUUUCAGAGGGGUUCCUGAGGAACCUUUUCAACUGGAAAGGUUCCGCCGGUGUGGCAACCCAAAAGGUUCUUCCAGGUACCUUUCCUUCUAAGAGUGUACCACCUGGGUCGCGGCAGCCAGGCUACGUAAAUUGAUGUUUGACAGGUUUGGUUUAUGGAUAUAUUAUAUAUCAUACCGGUACUUUAAUAACAUUCUCCUCUGCUGCUCUUGUGUCCCUAUAGGUGGGGAUCAUGAUGCCUACUACAACAAUGCCAUCUUGCCCAUCAUAUUCGGCAUCAUCUGUUUCCUGGGCAUUAUGGGUAACUGCAUGGUCAUCUACACCAUCCUGAAGAAGACCAAGUGCCGCGCCAAGCAGACUGUCCCCGACAUCUUCAUCUUCAAUCUCUCCAUCGUCGACCUCCUCUUCCUCCUCGGGAUGCCCUUCCUCAUCCACCAGUUGAUGGGCAACGGUUCGUGGUGCUUCGGCGCCACUAUGUGCACAGUCAUCACCGCGCUGGACUCCAACAGCCAGAUAGUGAGCACCUACAUCCUCACGGUCAUGACUCUGGACCGCUACCUGGCCACGGUCCACCCCAUCCGCUUCAACUACAUUCGGACGCCGUGCGUGGCAACCGGGGUUAUCGGUCUAGUAUGGACGCUGUCGUUGCUGACCAUCAUCCCGGUGUGGAUGUACGCAGGCCUCAUGCCUCUGCCUGGCGACCUUGUGGGCUGUGCCCUGCUUCUUCCCAAUCCGGCCACUGACAUCUACUGGUUCACUCUCUACCAGUUUGUCCUGGCUUUCGCCCUGCCUCUCCUCAUCAUGUGCGUGGUCUUUUUCAAGAUCCUCCAGCACAUGGCCACCAGUGUGGCCCCCUUGCCCCCCAGGAGCCUGAGGGUGCGCACCAAGAAAGUAACCCGUAUGGCGGUGGCCAUCUGCCUGGCUUUCUUCAUUUGCUGGGCCCCUUACUACAUCCUCCAGCUGGUUCACGUUGGAGUCCAGAACCCCAGCCAAGCCUUCUCCUAUGCCUACAACAUAGCCAUUAGCAUGGGCUACAUUAACAGCUGCAUCAAUCCGUUCCUCUACAUUGUGUUGAGUGAGACCUUCAAGAGGCAGCUCAUCGUGGCCAUGCGGCCGGUCCACAGGAAGUUCCGGGUCAAACCCACUAGCACCACAGAGGGUAGUGUUAGUCUGAGAUUGGCCCCUGAGAGACCCCAGCAGGAUCAGAGCUCCAGGGAGCUGCUGCCUGCCAAUAUGGCCGCCCACUGA